ACUAAACAUUCUCGUUCAUGUGCGAAGUGUUAGAAUAAAGGGUUGAAUACGGAGUUUUUCAUUGAUUAUAGAAAUGUUAUCGGAAAUCGCUAAUCGAACCACAAAGUGUUUUUGAAUUCAUUAAAAGCCUGGGAUAUAUCAGUUGCAGACAUGACCUCACCAGAAGAAAUCUUUAACGAGAUCUGUCCAGACAAUGCAGCGACAAAGGUUCAAGCCUACCAAGCCCUUACCAACUGUGGCAAAAACCCUAUAUCCCAGAGUGUAGGUCUCUUCUGGGAGGAGAAGGAGCUGGGUGAUGACGACACGAUCGACUAUGACCAGUUCACGGAGCUCCUGGGCCAAAUUCCGGAUCCAACCUUAGAGGAGUACAUAGAAGCUUUCAAACAGUUUGACGUAAACGAGGAUUGUACAAUAAGUGCAGAAGAACUGAAAAAGAUUAUCAAGAUGCAAGACGAUCUACUUGGUUCGGACGAUCACAAUGACGAAGAGUUCAUCGAAUCGCUGAUCCAACAAGGUGACACUGGAGAAGGAGGAAAUCAAGAUGGAAAACUGGAUUACGCAGAAUUGGCCAAGCUUUUCAUGGAUGGAAUUAUUGGAUAAAUACGUGAAAUAAGCAUUCAGCAAUUAUUCGAGUUCCCCUAAACAUUAUUAUCCAUUUGAACUUAUUAUUUUAGAAAUACUUAUCUUUUUAGUUGUUGUUGUUGUUGUUGAAUCAAACUUCAAGUUUUAACCAGUUUUUUGUAUGCUUCUACCAUAGAAAUGCACAUAAAAUCGCCCAUUGGGUGCUUAAUAAUUUUGCUUUGUUGAAACUGAAAAUAAAAUAUUUAUUAAAGCUG